UCAAAUUUUCAUCAACCCUCUUCUUUCUCCAAUGGCCGAUUCAUCAACUUUCUACCUCAUAUUAACGUUAUUAUUGACUUGUAACGUGUACGUUAAAGGAUGUUAUCCUUCUAUAAUAAGCUUCGGCGACUCACUCGCGGACACUGGAAACCUCAAACUACUUUCCCAAAAUUCCACUGGCAAGGCUCCUCAUUUCAUGUUACCACCUUAUGGUGAUACGUAUUUUCAUGAACCCACCGGGCGUUUCUCCAAUGGUCGUCUUAUCAUCGAUUUCAUUGCUGAGAGUCUUGGGUUGAUGUUAAUACCACCGUCUCAAGGCAGCAACUUUACCAUCAGCGAGACAGGGUUGGGACAAGGAGUGAAUUACGCGGUGGCUGGUGCGACUGCGUUGGAUUCCUCGUUUCAUGAAGCAAGAGGAGUUGUCAUCAAGACGAAUGCGUCGUUGGGGGUUCAAUUGGGGUGGUUCAAAGAAUCGUUGCCUCUAAUUUGUUCCACCAUUUCAGAUUGUAAGCAGUUAAUUGGAUGUUCUUUGAUUCUAAUGGGAGAGAUUGGGGGUAACGAUUACAAUCAUGCUUUAGAAUCUGGAAAAUCUAUCGCUGAGGUUGAAACAUAUGUUCCAUAUGUUAUUAACGCCAUCAUCUCAGCAGUCAAUGAACUUAUUGAGCUAGGAGCCCGAACACUUGUUAUACCGGGAAACCUACCAAUUGGAUGCUCUGCUACUUAUUUGACGAUGUUCUAUGGUUCUAACAAGAUGAAGUACGAUAAUUCAACUGGAUGUAUUACACAAUUGAACAAAUUUGCGGAGUACCACAACGAACUUCUCAAGACAGAACUAAAUCAAAUCCGAGAGGAUCAUCCGGAAGUCAGUAUCAUCUAUGCUGACUACUACAAUGCUGCCAUGCAAAUUUUUCGCUAUCCAAAUACAUAUGGAUUCACAAAUGGUGCUCUAAAGGCAUGUUGUGGGGGUGGGGGACCGUUUAACUACAAUGCAUCAAUAUCAUGUGGAGACCCAUUGUCGACUACAUGUGCUCAACCAGAAACAUACCUAAACUGGGAUGGAUUGCACUUGACCGAAGCAGCCUACAAGUUUAUCUUCAAGAGCUUAUUCGAAGGGUCAUACGCUACGCCCCAAUUUAAAUCAUUGUGCCCUACUUUAAAGUUACAACUCAUGGGAGGAUUGUCAAGCUCUAUAUGAGCAAGUGGAAAAUUUAUAAAUUCUAAGUUAAGCCUAUAAAUUCUAGUAAUAUUUAUACUUAGGAAAAAGGCUGAUUUGAUAUUAACUAAUUAAUACAUUAUAAAGUUUGUGAUGUACAUAAACAAUGUAUCUUACUAUCUUCACAUGUAUACUGUAUUAUGUAAAUAGUUAUGCAAAAAAUCAGGUAACCAUACCUUGAAUAGCA